UUCACCCAGGGCGAGGCUCAGCCAUUGCACUCCGGCUGUGCUGACCCCUGCGAAUUUCUCAAAUGUGGAAAUCUCGAUUGCAUAAUUUCUGGUAGUGGGGGACUGCGUUCGCGCUCUCCCCUGAUUUCACUGUGAAAGUAAUGUUGUCUCUACUAUGGAUUCAGUUGAUUCGAAGUGAAGGGAUCUUUGACAUAUUCGUGUUCUUUGUAUGUUAUUUCUUUAUUUAGUUGGGGAUUCUGAUCUGCGUGCUGAAAUUGUCAGCCUCUUCCUGAUCUUAGUUUUUUUGUAGUAGCUCGCUGUUUAGAGGACCAACAAUCAACAGAGCUUUUCGAUGUCCUUCUAUUUGGUCGGUGCUGUAUCCGAUUCAUGUGCUGUUUUCUACUGUACAACUGAUUUUGGCAUAAUUAAUGAAAAUUGUAGGCUGCUAUGUUUGGUUCAAUUUACUUGCUUUUAAGACUCAGUUUUAAAAAAGUAACUUUAUAUAUUUUACCAUAAUAAACUCAUAUAGUUUAGCAGGGUCGGGACUGGUUCGUACUUGUAAUGGAGACCGCGUGGGAAUAACUAGGCGCUGUACAUUUUUACUGAUUUUGUCCAGCAGGAGGCGCUGUGUCCCGGUUGUAAAACAGGCACACUUUGCCACUUUACCGUCUCUGCUGCUGUGUGUUGUUUUCUAACAAUAACAUACUGUUACUAACAAUAUGCUUUUAGAAAUAUGUGCAGCAAUUAGCAACGUAAGCCACUGCAAAAGUAGAAUGUUGGAAAAUCAUAAAGUAAAACUAAAUUAUGUUACUCUUUGAAGGUUCUAAUGUCAUUAUCCUUUUACCACUCUCAUCCAGAACUUUCAAUAUCUAUUUUACUAAUUUUUGCCCCAAAAUGCCUAUUUGUUUUACCCCCAUGGUCUCACUCUGAGACAUGCUGAAUGGGUGUAGACUAGUGUCUGGUAGGGGUGGAGGACGUGGGAGUGUCUGGUAAGGGUGGAGGACGUGGGAGUGUCUGGUAGGAGUGUCUGGUAGGGGUGGAGGACGUGGGAGUGUCUGGUAGGGGUGGAGGACGUGGGAGUGUCUGGUAGGGGUAGAGGACGUGGGAGUGUCUGGUAGGGGUAGAGGACGUGGGAGUGUCUGGUAGGGGUAGAGGCCGUGGGCGUGUCUGGUAGGGGUAGAGGACGUGGGAGUGUCUGGUAUGGGUAGUGGAUGUGGGAGUGUCUGGUAGGGGUAGAGGACGUGGGAGUGUCUGGUAAGGGUAGAGGCCGUGGGAGUGUCUGCUGGGGGUAGUGGACGUGGGAGUGUCUGGAGGUGGUGAGGAUCUAGCAAUGCUCCAGAGACACUGUGAGACUGUUGGAUAACUGUCAGUUUUGACAGCGCGUUGGCACGGUGAUACAUGGAGAUGAAACACAGGAGAACUAUGAGGCAACGCUAUGCUCUGAAACAUGGGAUACUGAAGGAGUUCCUGGCUGAGUUCCUGGGGACUUUUAUCUUGGUUUUGUUUGGCGUUGGGUCUGUUGCUCAGACGGUCCUGAGUCGUAAUGCCAUGGGGGAGACUCUCACCAUCCAUAUAGGCUUCUCUGUAGGACUGAUGAUGGCAGUGUACGUGGCCGGAGGAGUGUCAGGAGCCCAUGUGAACCCUGCUGUCUCCUUGGCCAUGGUGAUCCUGGGAAAACUCAAGUUCUAUAAAUUCCCUGUCUAUGUCAUCGCUCAGUUCCUUGGUGCUUUCUCUGGAGCUGCUGCAGUGUUUGGGCUGUAUUACGAUGCGUUCAUGGACUUCACCAAUGGGAUUUUAUCAGUGACUGGUAUUAACGCCACCGGCCACAUCUUUGCCUCUUACCCUGCCAGGUCCCUAACCAUCCUCGGAGGCAUCAUAGACCAGGCAGCAGGAACAGGCAUGCUGGUGUUGUGUAUCCUGGCCAUCAGCGAUGGGAAGAACAUCGGCGCCCCUAGAGGCAUGGAGCCACUGUGCAUCGGCCUGAUCAUCAUGGCUAUCGGAGUGUCCAUGGGGCUGAACUGUGGGUACCCCCUCAACCCUGCCAGGGACCUGGGGCCACGACUCUUUACUGCUGUAGCAGGCUGGGGUUGGGAGGUGUUCAGCACUUCAGACUACUGGUGGUGGGUCCCGGUGGCGGGGCCGAUGAUAGGAGGCGUGGUCGGGGCUCUGGUCUACUUCCUGUUCAUCGAGAUGCAUCACAAACAGCCUGAGAAACCCCACGAGGAGGAAGAGGAGGAGGACGAAGAGGAGGAAGAAGAUCUGGAGGAGGACAGCAGUCUUAAGGACAAAUAUGAGAUGAUUACCAUGAGUUAAAGAGUCAGAGAGAUUCAUUCACUUGUCAAGGACUUUAAAAGAAAAUGUCUGUCUGUCUGGUUCAGAUCAAUGUUACUGUAAAGUCAAUCAGGAGAGGAAUGUCAUGUUGGGAGCCAAAUACACACACACACACACACACACACCAAGGACAGGCUUGCUCUCUCAGUGUGCUAUGGUGAAACCCUGUGGUAGAGGGAGUAGAAGAGUUCUAGCCUGUUAUUACACGUCAUAGCCUUUAGUAACCAGGCCGGUAUGCUACGUAUGAGUGAACGAUCAGAGUACGGUUUAUAGCCUGUUAUUACAUGUCAUAGCCUUUAGUAACCAGACUGGUGUGCUACUUAUGAGCGACUGAUCACAGUACAAGGCCUUUUAGCCCACUGCUGAUGGGCGCUCCAAUAGUCAGUCUACAUGGAGAAACCCUGUAGAACAGGUUACUGUUACUGUUUUAGUAGGUAAAGAUACAGAAUGGUUAGUUCAUAAUGAUGUGCUUAUAUGUAGCAAUCCGCAACACUGGAAAAGUAAUAUUAUGUAUAUAUAAUAUUUCACCCCUUACGAUUCCAUUUGGACUACACCUCUGUCAGUUUUAUGUAAAUGAGAUUCCAUUUGGACUACACCUGUCAGUUUUAUGUAAAUGAGAUUCCAUUUGGACUACACCUGUCAGUUUUAUGUAACUGAGAUUCCAUUUGGACUACACAUGUCAGUUUUAUGUAAAUGAGAUUCCAUUUGGACUACACAUGUCAGUUUUAUGUAAAUGAGAUUCCAUUUGGACUACACCUGUCAGUUUUAUGUAACUGAGAUUCCAUUUGGACUACACAUGUCAGUUUUAUGUAAAUGAGAUUCCAUUUGGACUACACCUCUGUCAGUUUUAUGUAAAUGAGAUUCAAUUUGGACUACACCUGUCAGUUUUAUGUAAAUGAGAUUCCAUUUGGACUACACCUGUCAGUUUUAUGUAAAUGAGAUUCCAUUUGGACUAGACCUGUCAGUUUUAUGUAACUGAGAUUCCAUUUGGACUACACAUGUCAGUUUUAUGUAAAUGAGAUUCCAUUUGGACUACACAUGUCAGUUUUAUGUAAAUGAGAUUCCAUUUGGACUAGACCUGUCAGUUUUAUGUAAAUGAGAUUCCAUUUGGACUACACCUGUCAGUUUUAUGUAACUGAGAUUCCAUUUGGACUACACAUGUCAGUUUUAUGUAAAUGAGAUUCCAUUUGGACUACACAUGUCAGUUUUAUGUAAAUGAGAUUCCAUUUGGACUACACCUGUCAGUUUUAUGUAACUGAGAUUCCAUUUGGACUACACAUGUCAGUUUUAUGUAAAUGAGAUUCCAUUUGGACUACACCUCUGUCAGUUUUAUGUAAAUGAGAUUCAAUUUGGACUACACCUGUCAGUUUUAUGUAAAUGAGAUUCCAUUUGGACUACACCUGUCAGUUUUAUGUAAAUGAGAUUCCAUUUGGACUAGACCUGUCAGUUUUAUGUAACUGAGAUUCCAUUUGGACUACACAUGUCAGUUUUAUGUAAAUGAGAUUCCAUUUGGACUACACAUGUCAGUUUUAUGUAAAUGAGAUUCCAUUUGGACUAGACCUGUCAGUUUUAUGUAACUGAGAUUCCAUUUGGACUACACAUGUCAGUUUUAUGUAACUGAGAUUCCAUUUGGACUACACCUGUCAGUUUUAUGUAAAUGAGAUUCCAUUUGGACUACACCUGUCCGUUUUAUGUAAAUGAGAUUCCAUUUGGACUACACCUGUCAGUUUUAUGUAAAUGAGAUUCCAUUUGGACUACACCUGUCAGUUUUAUGUAAAUGAGAUUCAUGCAGACAAUUAACCCAGACCCAUUUGAUGACAUUUUUGUUGUUGUAGUAAUGUCUGCGUUGUAAUUGCAGAAGGUAUAGCUUUAAUGUAGGCUUUAGAUUGCAAUUUUGACCAUACACUUCAUACUCACCAAAAGAGACCACGUGCGCCACGUGCGUAUCUAAAAAAACCCUGAGAAAUAACAAAUAUAACAACUACCACUGUUACAAUUCAUGAAUUUCAUGUAUGGCAGUUAUAAGUUUUGUUGCCAUUGUAUAAUAUUCAAUUAUUAUGUUUGUUUAUUGUUGUGCUUUUUCUGUUUUUGAUUUUGUAUUGUUGUCAUGGAAAUAGUAUCCAAACUAUUUCAAUGUGACAAAUGUAUUCCUGUUUGUGUAAACAAAUAUUAUUACUUGGA